CUGCCUCCUUCUGGCAUAAAGAUCUUGAUCAAAGAGAGAGACAAAUGGCCGUGUCGAGCUUCAGCUGCAGCCUUAAUCAGCUGCCUCCUCCAACUCAAAGCUCAGGUCCUUCUUCCUCUCCAAAGACGAAUCAAGUUCUUGCAUGGAACAAAAGCGAUGGGGGAUCAUGGAGUAGCAGAUGUGUUGUGGGCAUGACUUGUGUUAUGGUUGGGUUGGAGAUGAGUGGUUUAGGGAGUGGCCAGAGCCAUGAAGCUAUAGCUAAGGGUAUGCCGUUGGUGAUGGAGUCGGGCGAGAAAGUGGCAAAGUGGAGUGAGAAGAGAAUUUGCCCCAAGUGGAGAGCCAAUGAGCUAGAGACUAUUGUCCCGGAGAACCUUCCGAGGCCGUCGGCUCACCGGAGAUGGGAAAUCGUCGGCUUUAAUACUAAGGAUGCUCCGGCUGUGAAAAUAAUGAUAGCUAGGAGGAGUAGCGGCGGUUGCUUUUCUAUGUAAAUCGUACACUGUCGUGCAUGCAGUACUUGUACUACAUGUAUAACCAAAUACAGAAUUUUAUGUAAAUAUAUAACACAAGCAAUACAGAAUUACACAAAUCGACAUCCCAAGCAAUUGUUGGGAUUGAAGAAGUACGUUCCUUUGUUUUGUUUCUUCUAUGAAGAAAUGACAAGAAACAAGCUCGGAAGCCGCAAAUUAAGGGGCGCUUGAGGCUGAUUUAUGUAUGUCCUGAAGAAAAUGUAAUCAGUGUUUCUCUUAGCAAUUCGGUCUGUAAUAAUAAAACGGGGUUGUUUUGUGGUGCAAUGUUGUAUGCUAUGCAAUCGAAAAUCUUGCGGUAGAUA